AUGCUUACAGAAGAUCAGGAGAGGCGACCUGGGAUUGAGAGGAACAAUGAGAGCAGCUCAGGUCCUUCUGUUGAGGAGCAAAAUGUUGCAGCUGAUCAACCGAAGAACAGGCGACUUCCCGAGGCCAUCGUAGAAACGGUGGCUGCAUCCAAGGAGCGGGGAGGCUUGUCUCUACCUGACCUUUAUAAGGCUCUGGCUGCCCAAGGCUACGAUGUGGACAAGAUCAUGGGCCGCAUCAUUACUGCCAUUAAGCAACUGGUGGAGAAAGGGAUUCUGGUCCAGACCAAAGGGACCCUAAAGAUGAAUAAGAAAGCUGACACCAAGGCCAAGAAGCAAGCAAAGAAAACCACUCCUAAAGCUGAGAAGCCCGCCACACCGAAAAGUGCAGCCAAGACACCUGCAGCCAAGACACCUGCAGCCAAGACACCUGUAGCCAAGACUCCUGCAGCCAAGACUCCUGCAGCCAAGACUCCUGCAGCAAAGACACCUGCAGCAAAGACACCUGCAGCCAAGACUCCUGCAGCCAAGAAACCUGCAGCCAAGAAACCUGCAGCCAAGAAACCAAAGACACCAGCCACUAAGAAGUCCCAGAAGAAGAUGUCUGCAGUGACCAAAAGAGCAGCCAAAAAGGUUCCUCCAGCCAAGAAAGUCCGUGCAAAAAAGGUUGCAAAGCUCAAAGCCAAGAAGGCAGCACCCAGGAAGAAGUGAUGUCACCAGUGAUGCAUCAGGGCUCUGACUGGGUCUAUAGUCCCCCCCCCGUGUUUCCCUGUUUUCCUGUGUGUCUCCAUCUCCCUCGUCUUUUUCGGUGUGCGUAGUGGGCUCAGCUUUCCUGGUGCCUGGUUCAAUGUCACAUCUGUCUGCAACCAACUCACAGCUCCAGUUCUUCGGCUUUCCUACCACUCAUCCCCAGAUUGGUCAGUCAGCUCAGUGGCAGCUACUCUCUCUCUCUCUCUCUGG